AUGCUUGGAUGGAGAAUCGUGCAAGUGAUGCUGCUGGUUCUGUUGAUGGAGAAUUUGAGACGAAAUGGUCAUCAAAUCUGUGCUCCCACUACAACUACUGCAGUGAGGACGACCAAGAGCUUUCGAGCUACAGAUGAUGCCGGUAGCAGUAGUCAAUACACAGAACCGUUAUCGGAUCGAGUGCCAGCCCAGGGAAUUGAAACUAUCUUGGCCACUUCGGCGACCCAUCCGCCAUUUCAUUUCUUUGCGUACGCCAAGAAGACCGACAUGGUGACGGCACACAUCGUCCAGACUGGCAUUUACGAAAAAGACUCGACGACGGCUCUGGUGGAUACUCUGGUAUGUCAACCACUACAGCAGCAACAAGAUGAUGGUUUACCAAUGCUAGUACUGGAUUUGGGAGCCAACAUUGGCUUUCAUUCCCUGCACAUGGCAUCGUGUGGAGCCCGUGUGGUGGCGUUUGAGGCAAGCCCGGAUACAGCUUGGUUGCUACGGAGCAGUGCCAAGUUGAAUGGAUUUUGGAGAGACAAACCAUCUCCCUCGGAGAAUACGACCCUCACCAUUAUCCCCAGAGGGGCUUCCAACAAGGUUUCCAAAGGACGAUUGUCACGACACCCCAAAUCACCCGGAAUGACAUCCUUCAUUGCCCAGUCUGCCUUUGAACUCCAAACGGGAGACAAAGGAACGGCGCUCGACGUGGAUAUUCCUUUGGUACGAGCCCAAGAUGUUCUGAAGGAAAUAGGUGUUUCUCCUGACGCCUACCAACUCCGACUGGUCAAAAUGGAUGUUGAAGGAUUCGAGUUGCAAGCGCUCCAAGGACUGGAUUUACAACAACAAUUCCCAUUUGACUACUUGACCUUUGAAUUCUUCCCUGCCAUGUUGACAUCGGCCGGGACGGGUCCAGUCGAUUUGCUAGUCUACAUUUGGAAACAAGGGUAUCGCUAUCUAGAAUUCUCCGACAAGAAUGCAAAGAAUAUGGACAGCUAUCCAACAAUCCCCAUGGGGAACACGGAAGCAGCAGUACGCAAAUGGGGUCACUCCAUGGUGAUGCAAGGGGAUGCCAAAGAUGGGAAAGGCUUUCAUGUCAAUUUGCUGGUAAAACGAGUCGCGUAA